CUGAGCCACAGAGGGAUCGGCAGUAGCAGGGAUCGUCUAACCACAAACGAACUGCCCCUAUCUACAGAUAAAGGAAGAGGAGUGUUAGCCCUAACAUUUUCUCUCCUUUUUCCACCCUGGCUCCUUGGGAGAGAAGAUAGUAGCUUGUCUGCUGUUCUCUCUUUUUCUCUUGUUCUGUCCUCCCUAUCCUGGGAUCUAAUGCAGUAACAGCCCUAGGAUAUUGACUGAAACAGGUGGAGGAUCCUGCCAGUGCUCAACACAGGCACAGUAUGGGUGACGAAAGCUACAACUUUGUCUUCAAAGUGGUUCUGAUUGGUGAGUCUGGUGUUGGGAAGAGCAACCUGCUGUCACGCUUCACCAAGAAUGAGUUUAACCAUGACAGCCGCACGACCAUCGGAGUAGAGUUCAGCACUCGCACUGUUCAGCUGGAUACCUUCACCAUCAAGGCUCAGAUCUGGGACACGGCAGGGCUGGAGAGAUACAGAGCCAUCACCUCAGCGUACUACAGAGGGGCGGUGGGUGCUAUGCUGGUGUAUGACAUCACCAAGCACCUAACCUAUGAGAGUGUGGAACGUUGGCUGAAGGAGCUGUACGAUCACGCUGACCCUCACAUCCUGGUCAUGCUGGUUGGCAACAAGAGUGACCUGGAGACCCUGAGGACCGUGCCCACCGUGGAGGCCAAGGAAUUUGCAGAAAAGAAGGGCCUCUUGUUUAUGGAGACGUCAGCUCUGGAUUCGACCAACGUUGAAGCUGCUUUCCAGGAAGUUCUCACAGCGAUCCACAAGAAGGUGGCCAGUCGAGAGGUGACCCGCGGGUCAAUCAGUGCCGUGACCCUGUCCAGUGCUACUGGAACGGCUAGCGAAGUCCAGGAGGAACGUAGGACCUGCUGCAAGAACCUCUGACAGGUUCUGACUAGCUCUGACCGGUUCUUUCCGGUAUUAAACAAUCUUCCUACUCUGCCCUCAUUCAGGAUUAAGGGAGUCUAUGUUGAUGACUACAGGAGGCAUAGCUGUGGGAAGUAGGGGUGCUCAGGGUGCUGCAGCACACACUUGAAAAUGAAAGUGCACUGGGCCUUUACUAGUAUUGUAUUAGAAAACCCAUAUAAAUUCUGCCCCCCCCCGGUCAGCAAAAAUAUCGCAGCACCCCAACCACCGAACAUCUUCCCACAUCUAUGACAGGCGGGCUGUCUGAACCAAAGAGGUUGCAGACCACUUGAAAAUAUUUUAUUUUUUAUGCUUGUUAUGUAUUAUCUACCAAAUAUGUCUUGUUGGGGUCUAUUUGAAAGGAGGAACUGCAUUAUUUUUGGAUAUUCAUCAUGUGCAUGUGUUGUUUGUAACCAAGAUGAAAAAGAGGUUUUGUGUUGACUACAUGGGAACACUUGUGAAGGUUUUAACUUAAUGAAUAGUAUGUGUGGCUCGGAGACUGGUUCGAGACCAAGUAGAAAAGUGACUUGCUUCAUGAUUUUUAAAUAUUGACGUUCGAUAUUGCAACAACUAUGCACCGUAUCUAAUCUUUUAUAGACAUGUCUUUUAUGACAAACUUGUAUCAUUAAUCUUUGUGAUGGAAUUUUUUUUUAGAGAUUUCUGGUUUCAUUCACUAUUCAUUUGCUAUUCUCCUGUAGAGGGCGGUGCUGUUUUCAAUACAUCUAUGGUGUCUCCAAAAUACACAGUUCAAAGUGAUGUCUCCAAAUCAGAUCUGCUAUUGAUAUCUAACUUUACCUCACACAUACAUAAGCAGUAGUUUAUGAAGAGCACACACACAGGAGUUUCAAUCUUAUAAUAAAACGGCCCGAAAUGGA